GCGAGCCAGACCGGAUCCUUCAUGAGGGAAGAGGCCAGGGACAGCCAACCAACCCCGGCUUCUCUUCUCUUCACUAAUAUUAUUCUGUAUUGCAAGCCGAGGAGCCCGAAGAGGGGGCUGCGCUAGCGUCCAUAGGAUGUCCCGUCACGAAGGCGUGAGCUGCGACGCAUGUUUAAAAGGCAACUUCAGAGGACGACGAUACAAAUGUUUAAUCUGCUACGACUACGACCUGUGCGCGUUGUGCUACGAGAGCGGCGCGACCACGACCAGACACACCACAGAGCAUCCCAUGCAGUGUAUAUUAACCCGAGUGGACUUUGACCUGUACUACGGCGGAGAAGCGGUGUCGGUGGAGCAGCCCCAGGCCUUCACAUGUCCAUACUGUGGCAGGAUGGGCUACACGGAAAUCUCCCUGCAGGAGCACGUGGCUGCAGAGCACACGGAGACCUCCACAGAGGUGAUCUGCCCCAUAUGUGCAGCGCUGCCAGGUGGAGACCCCAAUCAUGUGACGGAUGACUUUGCUGCUCAUCUCACACUUGAACAUAGAGCACCCAGAGACUUGGAUGAGUCCAGCGGGGUGCGGCAUGUGAGGAGGAUGUUCCACCCUGGACGUGGCCUGGGGGGUCCACGAGCCCGCCGGUCCAACAUGCACUUUACCAGCAGCACCACAGGGGGGCUCUCCACCAGCCAGAGCUCCUCACAGAGCUCCAACUACAGCAGAGAGGCCAUGGACCCCAUAGCAGAGCUUCUGUCCCAACUGUCGGGGGUGCGGCGCUCGGCGGGCGGUCAGCUCAGCUCGGGCCCCUCGGCGUCUCAGCUCCAGCAGCUUCAGAUGCAACUCCCGCUGGAGCGCCAGCAGGCCCAGGCGGCACGUCAGCAAUUGGAGACGGCGCGAAACGCCACCCGGGGCGGCGGCCGAGCCAACGCCAUGCUCAACACCAACUCCGGGGGCGCCAACCCCAACGCCGGCGCCAACCACAAUACCAACCCCAGUCCUAACCCGGGUCCCCCGGAGUCCCACGCGCAGCAAACGCCACACAGCUCGCAGUUUCUACUCAGCAGGCUGAGCGAACCGCGGCUGUCGGAGGCGGAGCGGCAGGCGUGCGAGGCCCAGUGGGCCGACAGGAGCCUGUUUGUGACGGAGCUGCUGUUGUCCACGCUGCUGCCCGACGAGGACGCAUCGGCCUCCUCGGAGGAGGACGAGGACGACUGUCACGGCCCGUUGCGGAACUUCGCCGACUUCGAGUCCAUGGGCUGCGUUGAGGUCAUGACCCUGGACGUGGCACUGGAGAACCUCAACCUCAAGGAGAUGAGACCAGCGCCCAAGACGACAAAAACGACAACUAAAACGGCGCCGCCAAAGAAAGAGCCUCCCGCGCCGCCCCUUUGAUGGCGUGGCCCCUCCCCCCCCUCAAACGGAGGCUGAACGCUCAGCCGGUCCAACUGCCAAUGGAUGACAAAAAAGACUGCAGUUCUUUUUGGCUUUGUUUUAUUAUUAUUCUUUUUCUCGGUGGUUGUCAUUUCAGCUCCGUUGUGCCCCACUCAGCCCCGAGUCGACUACGUUGUACAAUGAAUAAAAGAGAGACGAGAGAAUGUGAAAGCCAGCGUGGUGAGUGCGUGAGAGAUGGGGAGGAAAAAAAUACUAUAGGAAAAUAUAUUACAGAGAAAUCUUUAUGAAAGUUGAUAAUCAAAUCCACAUAACACGUGUUUCCUCUCGCAAAGGAGCAACGCGGAGUUGGCCGUUUUCAAGAGAUACACACACACACACACCGGGAGAGGAGGCUCCCGUCCGGUGAAAACGCUGCUGUGUGUUUAUAGUUAUUAAAGUGCUUGGGUGGUUUACCACAACUUAAGCAUGAGCUUAAAUCACCAUGUGCCCAUUAGGAAGUGCACAGUCACUGAGGGUCUUUCUCUUUCUGUCCCGACACCUGAGUCACUGUAAAGGAGUUGGCGUCCCACUGGCGUGUGUGCCCCCCCCCCCCCCCCCUCUCUCUCUCUCUCUCUCUCUCACAGAGACAGACAGACACACAGACAGGUUGGCCACGUUGGGCUGCCUCAACCCCCUCCAACCCCGCUUGUGUGACUUCACCUGUUUUGGGUCUUGCGACCCGGCUUCAUAUCGACUGCGGGCACUUUGGGGUUUUUGUUUCAUAUCCGGGGUCCAUGUGUACACUACAGAUGCUCAACAUCACGCAGCUGAGCGGCGAGCGGAGACGUGGCGUCUCCUCCGAGGGACCUUUUUCUGGGCCUUUUCUUUUUUUUUUUUUUUACGCAGAAGAAACGCAACCUGGUCUUCACAGAGGUCCCCCCCCCCCCACCCCUCCUCUCUCUCUGUUUAAAGGAAGACCAGGCGCUACCUGCUCAGCUCAUGAAUGCACAGGUUACUCAUCAUGUGACUUGAAGGAGAGACUCCCGUGGUUGCUCUUUUCCUCUCUUCUCUCGAUCACACAAAGAUCUCUGUCUGCCUUCACUGCUCCCUGAAGAAAUGCAAUGUCUUUGGCUCCGCGAACGAGCCAAACCACAGAGUAAACCUUUCAGUCUGGAGGACAAUAAAAAUGUUUUGGAUGGAAAUUAACUAACCCAAUCCCGCUCUCUGGUUUGUUUUCACGUUUUUUUUUUUUCUCAGUUGCUAACUUUUGGUGACCAUGUACAGCAUAUUGUAAAAAAUAAACACCUAUCGUACAGGUCAAGUUUUA